AUGCUGUCAGGCCGGUGGUGGUCAAGUACCCGGGGGAGCCUUGGGCUGGGGCCCCAAAGCCCUCCUCGGGGAUCCCAGCUCUGUGCCCUCUAUGCCUUCACUUACACUGGGACAGAUGGCCGGCAAGUGUCCCUGGCCGAAGGGGACAGGUUUCUACUGCUUCGAAAGACCAACUCAGACUGGUGGCUGGCAAGGCGCCUGGGAGCACCCCCCACUUCUCGACCCAUCUUUGUCCCAGCUGCCUACAUGACAGAGGAAUCUAUCCCUUCCCAGAGCCCAACCAUCAUCACCCCGAGCCAAUCCCUCUGGACACCCGGGCCAAAGUUGUUUCAUGGCUCUAUGGAGGAGUUGCACCUGUCCCAGGAACCCCCAGGCAGGACCCAGACCACCUCUAAGCAGCCUCCUCCUCUUCCCCCCAAAAUGUGUAGAAGCGUCAGUGUUACCAAUCUGAGGCCUACCGUCCUGAGACCCUUCCAGGAAAGAACAAGUGGCAGAUCCUUCUCUCAGGAAGACUUACUGCCAGAGGCCAGUGCCAACGCGGCAAGACCCCAGCCCCUCAUGUCAGAGCACCCCGUGUACUGCAACCUAGUGGACCUCCGCCGCUGUCCCCGGUCUCCUCCCCCAAGCCCUGCGUGCCCCCCACUGCAGAGGCUGGACUCCUGGGAGCAGCACUUGGACCCUAACUCCGGACGCUGCUUCUACAUAAAUUCGCUGACUGGCUGCAAGUCCUGGAAGCCCCCGCGCCACACUCGCGUGCGGGAGAUGAACCCUGGCUCCAUGGAGGGGACGCAGACCUGGAAUAGGGACAAUGGUGUCCUGCAACCUCAGGCAAAGGGCUCAGAAUCUGAUACGGCGACCCUGGAACUGCUGGACCCCCAGGGUUCACCCUACCUCGGCCAGCGCACCUCCCAACUCCACCCCUCAGACCAGCCUUUAGCCUUGCAGCCCUCUCGACCUCUGCCGCAGGUCCUGGACGACCCCCAUGAGGUGGAAAAGUCGGGCCUGCUCAACGUGACCAAGAUCGCCCUGGGGGGGCGGAAGCUCAGGAAGAACUGGAGCCCCUCUUGGGUGGUAUUAGCAGGUAACAGCUUGGUGUUCUACCGGGAGCCACCGCCCGCCGCGCCCUCCUCAACCUGGGGACCAGCGGGUAGCCGACCCGAAAGCAGCGUGGACCUGCGCGGAGCCGCCCUGGCCCACGGCCGCCACCUGUCCAGCCGCCGCAACGUCCUGCACAUCCGCACUGUCCCUGGCCACGAGUUCCUGCUGCAAUCAGACCAGGAGACCGAGUUGCGAGCCUGGCACCGCGCGCUGCGGGCGGUCAUCGAACGCCUGGAUCGAGAGAACCCCCUGGAACUGCGUCAGUCAGGUUCGGGGCCGGCAGAGCUGGAGGAGCUGAGCGGCGGGGAGGACGACGAGGAGGAGUCAGAGCCGGUGUCCAAGCCACUGUUGCGGAUCAGCUGCCGCCGGAGCUCCAGUCGGUGUCCCGAAGGAACGGAGCAGAACCGCGUACGGAACAAACUAAAGCGGCUUAUCGCCAAGAGACCACCCUUGCAAAGCCUGCAGGAGCGUGGGCUGCUCCGAGACCAGGUGUUCGGCUGCCAGUUGGAAUCACUGUGCCAGAGGGAAGGAGACACCGUGCCCAGCUUUGUGCGGCUCUGCAUUGCUGCUGUGGAUAAGAGAGGUCUGGAUGUGGAUGGCAUUUACCGGGUGAGUGGGAAUCUGGCGGUGGUCCAAAAACUUCGCUUCCUGGUGGACAGAGAGCGGGCGGUCACCUCCGAUGGGAGGUAUGUGUUCCCAGAACAGCCAGGACAAGAAGGCCGAUUAGAUUUGGACAGUGCUGAGUGGGAUGAUAUUCACGUGGUCACUGGAGCCCUGAAGCUUUUUCUCAGGGAGCUACCCCAGCCUCUGGUGCCCCCGUUGCUGCUGCCCCAUUUUCGUGCUGCCCUUGCAGUCUCCGAAUCAGAGCAGCGCCUCUUUCAAAUACGCGAAUUAAUAGGCUCGAUGCCCAAGCCCAACCGUGACACUCUGCGGUACCUCCUGGAACAUUUAUGCAGGGUGAUAGCACACUCAGAUAAGAACCGCAUGACCCCCCACAACCUGGGAAUUGUGUUUGGGCCAACCCUAUUUCGGCCAGAGCAGGAGACAUCUGACCCAGCCGCCCAUGCUCUCUACCCUGGGCAGCUAGUCCAACUCAUGCUCACUGACUUCACCAGCCUUUUCCCCUGACUGGGGCAAGGAAGAAGACAAAAACAUGUUUCCACUGAUCUCUGUUGGCUACCCUUUGGUGGUGGAGGGGAUAGUGGAUGUUCUGUUUUGAGGACAUCCCAUUAAAUCCUGUGUCUC